CGGACUUGGCGGGAGUCUUGAGCGCGGUCAGGCUCGCAGAGUCCCGUCCCGGGGUGUCCAGGCGCCGCGGUCAUGUUCGUGUCCGACUUCCGCAAGGAGUUCUACGAGGUGGUCCAGAGCCAGAGGGUCCUUCUCUUCGUGGCCUCGGACGUGGACGCUCUGUGCGCUUGCAAGAUCCUUCAGGCCCUGUUCCAGUGUGACCACGUGCAGUAUACGCUGAUUCCAGUUUCUGGGUGGCAAGAACUUGAAACUGCAUUUCUAGAGCAUAAAGAACAGUUCCGCUACUUCGUCCUCAUAAACUGUGGCGCGAACGUGGAUCUGCUGGACAUCCUGCAACCCGAUGAAGAGGCUGUGUUUUUCGUGUGUGACACUCACAGGCCAGUCAAUGUUGUGAACGUGUACAACGACACCCAGAUCAAACUGCUCAUUAAACAAGAUGAUGACCUUGAAGUUCCCGCCUAUGAAGACAUCUUUCGGGAUGAAGAGGAGGAUGAAGAACAUUCAGGAAAUGAAAGCGAUGAGGGGUCAGAGCCCUCUGAGAAGCGCACACGGCUGGAGGAGGAGAUCGCAGAGCGAACCCUGAAGAGGAGACAGCGGAGAGAGUGGGAGGCCCGGAGGAGAGACAUCCUCUUUGACUACGAGCAGUACGAGUAUCACGGGACGUCGGCUGCCAUGGUGAUGUUCGACCUGGCGUGGCUGAUGUCCAAGGACCUGAGCGACAUGCUGUGGUGGGCCAUCGUUGGACUCACGGGCCAGUGGGUGCAAGACAAAAUCACCCAGGUGAAGUACGUGACUGACGUGGGCGCGCUGCAGCGGCACGUGUCCCGGCACAGCCACCGGCACGAGGACGAGGCGCACGCGCUCUCCGUGGACUGCGUGCGCAUCUCCUUUGAGUACGACCUCCGCCUGGCGCUCUACCAGCAUUGGUCGCUCCACGACAGCCUGCGCAACACGUGCUACACGGCGGCCCGGUUCAAGCUCUGGUCCCUGCAGGGGCAGAAGCGGCUGCAGGAGUUCCUCGCAGAUGUGGGUCUCCCUCUCAAACAGGUGAAGCAGAAGUUUCAAUCCAUGGACGUUUCCUUGAAGGAAAAUUUGCGGGAGAUGAUUGAAGAGUCUGCAAAUAAGUUUGGCAUGAAGGACAUGCGCGUCCAGACUUUCAGCGUCUGCUUUGGCUUCAAGCACAAGUUCCUGGCCAGUGACGUGGUCUUCGCCACGAUGUCGCUGAUGGAGAGCCCCGAGCACAGCUCCGGGACGGACAGCUUCACACAGGCCCUGGACAGCCUCUCCAGGGGCUCUCUGGACAAGCUGUACCUCGGCCUGGAGCUCGCCAAGCGGCAGCUGCGCGCCACGCAGCAGACCAUCGCCAGCUGCCUUUGCACCAACCUCGUCGUCUCCCAGGGGCCCUUCCUCUACUGCGCCCUCACGGAGGGCACCCCGGACGUGGCGCUGUUCUCCAAGCCCGCCUCCUUGAGCCUGCUCAGCAGACACCUGCUCAAAUCCUUCGUGUGCUCGACAAAGAACCGGCGCUGCAAGCUGCUGCCCUUGGUGAUGGCCGCCCCCCUGAGCGCAGAGCAGGCCACCGUGACUAUGGUGGGCAUACCCCCAGAGACCGACAGCUCGGACAGGAAGAACUUUUUCGGCCGGGCGUUUGAGAAGGCAGCGGAGGGCACCAACUCCCGGGCACUGCACAACCACUUCGAUCUCUCGGCCUCGUGGAGGCGGUCCCCCCAGUGGCAGCCCCCUCGUCCCAUUUCAGACCUGACUGGACAGGUGGUGCUGGCUGGCCGGCAGGACGCCCCGGCUUCCCCAGGCUGGGGCCUCCGGGGCCGAGCUGCUUGGCUCCCCCGCUCCCAGGCGGUGAUUGAGCUGAAGGCCGAGGACCGCAGCAAGUUCCUGGAUGCGCUCGUGACCCUGCUCUCCUAG